AUGACGGGGGCGCGCAACCAAUUCUACGAAUUCUACCGCCAGAGCAGGUACGCAAGAAAAGUGUGCACUAAUUUCAGUAUCGGUAUGCAGCUUACCGAUGCGCUCGACGAGUUGAUCCAGUCGGGCCACAUUAACCCGAUUCUUGCGAUGAAAGUGCUCGAGCAGUUUGACAAGUCGAUCUCGGAGACGCUCGCGACCAACGUGAAGUCAAAGGGGACGGUCAAGGGCCAUCUGCACAACUACCGCCUCUGCGAUGAAGUGUGGACGUUCAAUGUAAAGGACGCCAUGUUUAAGAUGGAUAACGGCGAGACGCUUAGUGUCGACCGUGCCAAGAUUGUGGCUUGCAAACUUGGCGAAAAUGCGAAUCGGUGA